AUGGAGCAAACUCGCAGAGUCAACCGAGGUUUACGGUACCUCUGUCUGGACCAGUACAAGGACUCAUCGCCUGAACUCGUCACAGCCAACAUCAUCAAACUUCGACUGCUGCAGUCGUUCGAUCUGGAUGUGAUAUAUCUCCCAGCCCAUCCUGGCUUUCCACACGAUGGUGCAGUUCGUAUACCGCAGGACCAUUCAGAGCCUGAACGCCUUAUAUGGUUCGACUUUGUGGUUCUGCUCGAGGACAAAGUCGAGAUUGCAACUCGCUAUGGAACCAGAACGAUGGCUCAAGCUGGCAAUGCAUCACCACCAGCUUUCUAUAUUGUCAUCUUCCCCAACUCUCCUGGCUACAUGGCUAUUGUGCCUCAUGCUGUUGCUUGGCAGGAAAGGGAGUCUGAUUCCUUCGAUAUAAUCGGCACUGGCAUCACAGGACCUUACUUUCCGUACCUGAUGCCAGAGUAUUUCAUACCCCUGGCUCUCCAGAGGAUCUCGUUGAUUCCUUGGNGGAGUCUGUAUAUAAAUCCUGGAACUGAUGUGAUACUGAGCCGUUGGUUCCCAGUCAUGACCGAGUUACCGAAAGAUUCACCGACUGUUCCUCUGCACUCUGGAACCUCUUCUUUGCUGCCACCCUCUUCCAACAGCGCAGGGAAGAAACGCCGUCGUGAGUCUGACUCGGAGAAUGACUUUGUCAGACCGGCUCCUGCAUUGAGAGAGACACAAUCCCAUGCGACUGUGCCUUCAUUCGAGAUCUCUGAUCUUGGACUUGAGGCGAGUUGGGUAGAUCAAGGCUCGUUCGACUUUGACUGGUCGUCCUUUGAUCACUCCGUGCUCUCAGUAUUGCCAGGAACUGCUGCUGAGUCGCUGCAGGGUCAGCAACCGCUCGAGCAUAUAUAUCCUGGCUCAUCUCAAUUUGGCAUGCCCACAAACGAUGUUGGGAUUGCUGACGAGGAUCUCAGUUAUAUGGGAUACGAUAUAUCGGAGAUGUGGCUUGCCGGUGUUGAGGGUACGGAGAAGGAAGGUCAAUCGGCUGGUCCUGGGAAGUUUCUGCCAGCUCCCCAAACCGGCCCUGCGACGACUGUCAAUGUACGACAGUCCAGACCACCUGCCGUUCUGAGAGCGAUCGCGCCUGCCCCUUUGGCUGUCGAGGCAGGUCCGAGUCACAGUUCUUCAGCCGCAGCACCUGUCGAUUCGCCUUCCGACGCUCAUCAUUCAUCUCCGGCUGUGAUCUCCUCGUCUGAAGCAGACGUCACCGGAUCCGAGCCAGGAGAAGACGACGAGGCAGACGCUCCUCCACGUCGGCUCAUCGAGUUGCACCCUGAACAUCCAUGGUGCAACCAUAUAUAUCUGCCUCCCACCACCCAAGAUGUCCUCACUCAGCUCCUCGCACCAGACACCGUCUGCCUACCCGUCAUCACUAACCCUAGUGAUACCGUCGACGGUAAACCUAUGCCUCUUUCUGUUCUCUCGAUCCCGCAUCCAUGUCUGCACGUCUUGUCAAGCCGCUUCUCGCCAGACACAUUCUACUUGCUUCCCAGCCGCUGGGUUGAUUUCUUCCAUUGCAGUUUGAACCAGCUGCUCAACAGCACCCAAGGAGAAAGCAAGAAAUCGGCAUUGCGUGGCACCAAUAAGAUCGUUGCUGAGAACCCAACUGUGCGCGAUGCCUUCAAGAGGUACGGGAUCCAAGGCGCGGUUGGAGCGGCAGCACUGAGCUGGGGACUGUGGGACGAGUGGAUAAGAGAGUUUAAGAGGAAGACUCCGACUGGGAUGACCAGAGAGGAGGACAGGAAUGCUUGUUGUUCUGUGAGGGAAGUGUUGCAGGUUCAGGUUGAUUGGUCGAUGAGAAUGUUUCCUGAUAUACUUAUGUAA